GUGCAACUUUUUGAAACCUUUUGAAAAAACAUCAUGUCCUUGAAAACAUUUUCCAGCAGAGUUUUGUUUAAAGUUUUGAACCAUGGUCUCGCAGCUGCCGCGGUGGGAUGCAGCUCUGUGCGGGGCUAUUACAUCCUCAAGAAACCCACGCUCCGAGGACCGGGGCGGGGCGCCCACAUCCGGGUGGUUGACCUCCGCAGUGACGUGAUGACCCAGCCCGGGCCAGCAUUGAGGCAGGCCAUGGCGAAGGCGGCGCUUGAAGAUGACCUGAUGAAAGGAGAGGAGAAGAUUUGCGAGUUGGAGGAAAUUACAGCCGAUAUGUUUCAGAUGGAAGCUGCACUGUUCGUGCCUUCUGGAUCAAUGGGCAAUCUCAUCGCAGUGAUGGUUCACUGCAGGGAGCGCGACGACGAGAUGAUUGUGGGCGACCUGUCCCAUAUACACAUAUACGAGCAAGGAGGGAGCGCACAGAUAGCAGGGGUCCACGCCACCACAGCGACCACUCUCCCUGAUGGAUCAUUUAACUUGGAGCAGCUGGAAUCAAAGAUCCGCCACAAUUACCCCAUCCCCCACUACCCCCGCUCACGCCUCAUAUGUGUGGAGAACACACACAAUGUACAGGGAGGGCGUGUGCUGCCUCUGACCUUCCUGCAGGAGGUUCGUGCUUUGGCAGAUAGAUACGGUCUGUCAGUUCACAUGGAUGGAGCCAGAGUGAUGAAUGCUGCUGUGGCACAGAAGGUGCCUCCAUCCACCAUACUGCAGCACACACACACCGUCAGUGUGUGCCUCUCCAAGGGGUUGGGUGCCCCAGUGGGGUCCAUGCUGGCUGGACCCCGAGACUUCAUAUCCAAGGCGGUGCGAUGCCGUAAAGUUCUGGGUGGGCAUAUAUUUAAAAGUGGUAUACUGGCAGCAGCUGGAAAGCUGGCUUUACUGGAGAUGGUAGAAAGACUGGAGGAGGAUCACCGUAAUGCAAAAACCUUUGCUCAAGCUCUGCUCGACUGUGACCCUCCUCUAUUCGCUGUAGACAUGGCUGCCGUGGAGACCAACAUCCUGCGUUUCCAUCUACGGGAGUCCAGUUUCAGCCCCUCUGAAUUUUGUGACCGCAUGUGUCAGGUUGGCGAGGGAGAGGAGGCAGCACUGGGAGAGGGGAUACAAGUUCUCAUGUACCCUUUUUUCGGAAAUUCAGUCCGAGCCGUAUGGCAUUUCGGGAUUUCCUCUAAAGAUACCCAGCUGGCCAUCCGGAAAAUGCAAUUUGUGGCGUCUCAGUUCUUGGAGGAAAAAGUCAGGGCCUAGUGAAACCUGAUGCUUCCUAAGGUGUGUUGUCUAAUAUAUUGGACUGAUCUGAGUGAAUGAACAAGAGAUUGAAUUUAUGAUUAUGAUUAUUAUGAAAGCUUUUAUAUCAGCUGAUUGAAGAAUAUUGUGGAAAAAUAGAGGAAUACCUUGAGGAAUGAAGAAUUGUCAGGGAAAUUGUCAUGGUCUGAGAUAAUCUGUGUUUCUAUGUGAAAAUGAAUAUGUUCGGACACUAAUGAGAAAAAUGACAAAUCCAGACAUUUGAUGGUUCCAUGUUCUCAAAGUAUCUAUUGUUGGUGUUUUUGUAUCACAGUUUACUAAUUAUCUUUGGGUUUUAAAGACGUCAAAAUGUCCAUUUCUUUCAUGAUUUCUAGAGCAACAAGCAAUCGAUUGACUGAGAAACCCUCUGACAGUUUAAUCAUUUUUUUACAUACCUGUGAGUUGCAGCCCGAGUCACAAUACAAUCAUUAUACUUUAUAAUAUCCCUUGUGUAUGUGUCUAUAAACAAAUAAACUAUAUAUAUAUAUAUUU